AUGCUACCCAAGUUGCCGUCGAAGGCCAGGCCCCGAUGGGACCAUUUAGGAUUUCGAGAGCAAGGUACCGAUGUCGCUGAUGAGAGGAUCAAAGCCCUCGAGGCCGAAAUCAGAGCCUGGGACGAAAAGGAGAAAAAGUUGAAGAGCGAGCAAGAUGAAAUAUCGAACGCUGCCGGCAAAGAACGAGAUGACGCCAUUUCGAAGAAUAGGGCUAUACGACAGCAGCUUAAGAAGGCCAAUGACCCAGACAUUGACAGUCUUCAACGGAAUCUCGCGGACAGAUUCAAAGAAACAGAGUCAGCAUUAAAGCUCACUCUCGAUAGACUUGAAGUCGGCGAGAUUCAUCAAACGAUGAAGAAGAUAUGGCAAGAGCCAGGGAAACAGAGCCCUCUGGUGAUCCAGAAGAAACUAUCUCAAAGGAGAAGGAACAAGGAGGAAUUGACGCAGAAGAAAGCGAUUCUUACACAAAGCGUGAAGGAACUAGAGGCUGAGUUGAAGGCCCUCAACGCCCCUAACGAGCCCGAGGAAGACUCGAGUGACUCAGAGUCAUGGGCCAGCAGCCGCAGCCGACCCAUGAGCCCAGAUAGAGAUUUGGAGAUUGGCGACGAGAAAAGGCCAAAGAAGGUGGAGGAAGGGCACAAAAAGGGUUCGCAAACCAGCGAGAAGGCUGAAACGGGAGACGCAGCUCAUGACGCGGAGGAAAGGAUGGCGGACGAUGAAGUGCUAGUUGAGCACGAAGAGAGUGAAAAAGGUGACACGAAGGUGGAUGCUAGAGAUGAAAGGAGCCAAGGGAUAAGGCAUGAACAAGAGCAACAAAAAGAGGCGGAAAAACUGGAACAGGUCAAAAAGGACAGCCGCAAGCAACGACAAAGACUCGAGAAGAAAGAAGCCGAACUACACAGAGUCGAGAGACUUAAGAAGGCGAGCGAAGUCUCAACAAAGCUAGAGACUGAAAGGUUGAAGGAGGAAAGGUGCCAGCACGAAAUUUCGACAGAGUAUCGUGAGAUCAAACGUUUGGAGAGGGAGUUGAAGGACUUGAAAAAGAAGCAAGAGGAGAAAAAAGACGACAAGGAUGAGGAAAGCCAAGUCGAGAACGAUGGUGAGAUACUGAAGCGGAAGGAUACGCAAGAGUUUGAGGAGAUGGUUGAGCAGGAUGUGAGAGAGAAGGAACUCCGAGAGGUGAGGGACUUGGUUCUCUCCAAGCGAGCUCCCCAUCCUGCAUUUCGUCGAGAGGAACGGGAACAUCGGCGAGGUGGACCACGCUGGGCACGUGAAAGAAGACCCGUUUCGCUCCUUGGUCGUCCAGAGCGAUUGCAAGGUUUUGAUGCCCUGCCAAGAGGCAUGCGCGAGUUUCUUGAUCCCGACGACUCUGACUCUACAAACGAUGAGGCCGAGGAUCCUUCUCGCCAGAGAUUCUUGGAGUUGUUGGAACUGAUGAUCAAAGAAACUGAAGAUCUCGAGGCACACAUCCGCGUGAUCCUGGAGCAACGGGAAAAGAUGAGCCGAGUGGCAGACAUGAAGCAGAUACUUCAGUCAGAGAUGAGGCUGGAGAGGAGGUGGCUUGAGCAUGUCAAGGCCCACAGCACGUUGGAAACUGGUGACGGCUGCUCUGGCUCACUGAAGCACAACCACUUGUCAGGCGAACGUGUCACGGACAAGAUAACCUACAAGGAUCUCGAGGGCGACAGCUUCCGAGUGUUGAUCUUAAUGCCAGCGCCCGAGCCUCAUUACCCCCUGAUCUGCAAACUGGACACCUGGCCGUUGAACGGCCGCGGAGAGACGCGUCAAUAUGCAGCUCUUUCAUACUUUUGGGGAUCGGAAGGUCACAAUGGACGCAUCUAUUUCCUCGGAGACAACGACGAUGAACCGAGUGUGACCAACCCUGAACGAUGGGGCUCAGCGGCGAGGAGAGCGACCUCGGUGCGCAUUCGAAACAAUCUCUUCCGAGCUCUUCUCCGUCUCCGAAGUCAUGGGAAGGGUGCUCAAAAGGUGGCUCUUUGGGUUGAUUUCCUAUGCAUCAACCAAGCCAACUCGGCCGAGAAGACACAGCAACUAUCUCGGAUGGUCAACAUCUACAGCAGUGCGAGCAAUGUCUGUAUCUGGCUGGGCGAGAGUGACCGCGACAGGAGAAGCGAUGAGGCCAUGGAGUUUAUCCCUACUUUGAUGGACUUUGCAGUGUUUGACAGGCACGCAAAUGAUCGGAAGCAGGCGAGAAAGUGGUAUGCCUUGGGAGAACUCAUGCGAGAUCGCUGGUUCUCGAGGCGCUGGAUCGUCCAGGAGAUUGCCCUGGCCAAGGACGCAACAGUACACUGUGGGGGAGCUAUAGUGCGCUGGUCUGACUUUGCUGAUGCCGCCUCCCUCUUGGUCUCGAACCAGGACACCAUCAAGUCUCUGUUUGACUUCUCUGACUGGAGAGAGGGCCCAAACACUCUGGGAGACAUUGAAGCUUUCGGUGCAUCGAUUCUUCUCGAAGCAACAAACAAUCUCUUUCUGAGGAAGCACAACGGAGAGAUCAAGAGACCUCUCAAGUCCAUCGAGUCACUUGUGACCUCUCUCAAGACUUUCGACACGAGCGAUCAAAGAGACAUUAUCUACAGCCUCAAAUGCAUUGCCAGCGACACAUCCAGACACUUGUGGCAAUACGGCAAAGGCGGUCACGACGACCUUCCUGCCGACUACUCCAAGAGCGAGAUCGAAGUCUACAAGGACUUUACCGAGUUUUGUGUCAGAUCUUCCAACUCGUUGGAUAUUAUCUGCCGUCCUUGGGCAAUGCCGGUGAAAGGGGAAAAGGCGCUACCCUCUUGGAUCCCUCUCCUAUCGAGCUCUGAGUUUGGUCUUCCUGAUGAGAUUUACAGUGGACGCAAGAACGGAGAGGUAUUGGUCGGUCACGCUGGCCAGCCGAACUACGCGGCCUCCUCUCAAGAGCCAUGCAGGGUCCGAUUUGACCGUGAGCCCCUGGAUAAGAAUUCCAGCGCCAAUGGUGACUCUGCACGGAGAGAGGUACUCUUCGCGCGAGGAUUUAGACUGGCCAAGAUUGAGGAUGUCUCGGCACGAAACACGGGAGGCGUCAUUACCAAAGAGUCUUUGGAUAUGGGCAAGUGGCCUGGGUUUGGAAAAGAUACGGACAGUGUCCCAGACCCCAUCUGGAGGACUCUGGUUGCUGACAGAAAUCACAACGGACAAGUACCACCAUCAUGGUAUCAGAGAGCCUGCCUGAGGUGUUUGGAGAUUGCAGACGUCUUCAACAACGGGGACCUCAACAUCGGAGAAAUCCUGCAGGGACACUCCGAGAUGCUCCGCAAGUAUCUCACGCGCGUCCGCAACGUCACGUGGAACAGGCGAUUCUUCACAGCAACGCUUCAGGACCCCGAGUGGCCUCUGUUUGGCCUUUGUCCACCGAAGUCCAGAGAGGGUGACUUUGUCUGCAUCCUGUAUGGCUGCUCUGUGCCUGUCGUGAUGCGAGAGUCUGGAUCCGGUCGCCAUAUGACAUUGAUUGGCGAGGCGUAUGUGCAUGGAAAAAUGGACGGGGAGGCUUUGGAAGACUUUGAGGAGGGGAAAACAUGGGGGCAAAAUGGUGAAGUGAAGGACGAAGAGUUUGCGAUAAUUUGA